AAUAUGUUGUGAAUGCGUAAUUCUAAGAAGAAGAAAUUUUAUUUGUUUUGCCAUUUUCAUUAAAAUAUAUUUUAGAAUUUAUAUACUAGAAUAGCAAAGAACAAAUUGUCUGCCAAUGGGUUCACUAUUUUCCAAAAGUAAAAAGCAAAGCCGUGUUACCGAACACGACAAGGCUGUGCUGAGAUUGAAGCAGCAACGAGAUAAGCUGAAACAGUAUCAAAAACGUAUUGAAUUACAGCUUGAGAAGGAUAGAGAGUUAGCUAGAAAAUGUCUUCAAACAGGACGACGGGAUCGGGCUAAAUUAUUACUCAGGAAGAAAAAAUUCCAAGAAACCCAACUCAGCAAUGCGGAUAAGCAAUUGGAAAAUUUGGAAAAAAUGACUGCUGAUUUGGAGUUUGCACAGGUCGAAUUGCAAGUGAUCGAAGGCUUGAAGCAGGGUAAUGCAGCACUUAAAAAGGUGCAUGAUCUAAUGGAUAUUAAUGAGAUAGAAAAGAUCAUGGACGAAACAAGAGAAGGAGUGGAAAAGCAACAAGAAAUAGAUGCCAUAUUGUCGGGAGCACUCAGCGAGGAAGACGAAGAAAAUGUGUUAGCUGAAUUGGACGCCUUAGCUGCGGAAGAUACCACUAAUAAAUUACCUGAGGUGCCAUCUGAAGAAUUACCAGAGCCGGAGCCAAAUGCGCUGGAGGAAGAUAAUACUGUCAUUGCUGAUGAUGCGCCAAAAAAGAAGCGAAAGAACCUAUCAGAGCAGGAUAAAGUGCUUGUGGAAGCGUAAACGUGAACAAGUAAAUACGUACCUCUACAUUUUCGUAUUCAAUUAGACUUCGGUUACACCGUCUAUACAUAUUUGUUUUUGUUUGCUUUAUUCUUUUAACUAAUACUAAGUCACUUAGUUUAAAUAUGCAUAAAAAGUUUUAUAAAUAAAUUUAUAUUACGAAA